CAUUCCAAGCAGCAGCAUCAUCAGCAGGUCUAUAUAUAUGUACAUGCUUUGCAGACAGAGCACUAAGCAAUAUUCAGAAACCCCAAGAACUCGAGCCAUGCUUACUAACUACCACACCACUCACCUCUCAUCAAACCAAUGCGGCUCUAGCCUUGUUCAACCCAUAGAUGCACCGUUGCCUGUGGUCUGGUCCCUCAUCAGACGCUUCGAGAAACCGCAGGGCUAUAAGAGGUUUGUGAAGCACUGCUCCCUGCUAGCCGGUGAUGGCAGCAGCACCGGGAGCGUGCGUGAGGUUACGGUAACCUCCGGGCUCCCGGCUGGAGUCAGUGUGGAGAGGCUGGACAAGCUUGAUGAUGAUAAACAUGUUCUCAAGUUUAGCAUCAUUGGAGGGGAUCACAGGCUUUUGAAUUAUAGCUCCACCAUUACUCUGCAUGAGGAGGAGGAGGUUUAUGGAGGGAAGACGGUGGCGAUUGAGUCUUAUGUGGUGGAUAUUCCUGAAGGAAGUAGCGGUGAGGAUACUUGUUCUUUUGCUAAUACCAUUAUUGGUUGCAAUUUGAGGUCCUUGGCUAAGAUCACUCAAGAUAUGGGUUUUAACAAUAAGGCUACUUGACCUUCUUCUUGCUAAUUAGAGGUGGAUUUUAGGGUUUAAUUAUCCUAAGUAGAUUGAGAUUUGUAGGAAUUUGGAUCAUCUGGAAUAAGAAAACACAUACAUAGUUUGUUUGGGAGGACAAUGACAUAGUUGUUAUCUCAAAGGAACUUACCAUUAUUGGAAGUAGGAUGAUGUACUACUACUAGUUACAAUUAAGAACAAAUCAUGUGACUUUCUUUUUCUA